AUGGAGCAACAAAAUCAAUCAGUUGACUACUACGGGUACCUCCCCAGCAAAUCAGCAGCUUUAUUUGGCAUCAUAUUUUUUGGUGUCUCAACAAUAAUAUGUCUCCUUCAGGUGGUCUUUGGUCCCUACAAGCAUUACUGGAUGCUGACUGUAGCGCUCAUGGCCUCUGGAGAGGCAAUUGGUUGGGGAGCGCGUCUAUGGGCUCAUAAUUCACCGACGGACUGGAUGCCCUUCAUGAUCCAGAUCUGCAGUCUCGUUAUCAGCCCAGUGUUCAUUUCCGCCGCUGACUACGUCCUCUUCUGCAAAAUCAUAGAAAAAUCUGGACGUCGACUCUUUUCUAUUCCGUCAAAAUUAUUUUGGAUUGGCUUCAUCAUUUUCGACAUAAUAUCUCUUUCCAUUCAGAUUGUUGGAGGCGUCGAGGUUUCAAGUGCGCAAAAUUUCGACGACCUAAACCAUGGAUCAGCUGUGAUGCGCUCGGGAAUUAUCUUCCAGUUCAGCAAUACCGUACUCUUUGCAGUGCUACUUUUGGGGGCCACUGUCAGCCUGAAGCGGAGGGACAUCCCGCUGAGCUCUGUAGCAAAAUGGCCCAUAAUCGUCACUCUGUGUUUGUCAACGCUCAUGAUUCUGAUUCGCAAUGCGUACCGCAUUCUGGAAUUGGGUGAUGGAUGGAAUGGGCAUCUAAUGCGCACAGAAAUAUACCUCAUCGGCUUCGACAUGGUCCCUAUGGCGGUGGCAGUUGGCGUUUGUGUAAUCUUUUCUCCAAGCUUUUUCCUGAGUCCGAUGGAUAAAGAGGUGGCCUUGUCUUUGCACUCGUUGGCGUGA